AGGUCCUGCGCCCGUGUAAUUGGCAUCCUGUGGUUCCCUGCACGUUCAUGGUGGGGGUUGCCCUAUGUAAGCCCUCGGACGAACGAGGUCCAGCCCAUCCAGCAUCUGGAGACGAGCCAAGGACGCGGAGUCUCUGGUGCUUUGUAGAUUAUCGUAAUCGCGAAUCGGAAGCAGAUCAGUUGCUCAGUUUUUUUUUACCUAUAAGCACAAACUAAUAACGUUUUACGUGAGUUUUAUUUAAGAAAUAUAAGUUUUUCUGUCAUGAAGAUUUUUCUAUUUUUAAUUUGCCUCCUUGUGACGGAUUUGGAGGCUGCUGGAGUGAAUAGAGGACAAACGAGAUACCGUGGACGACAAUUACCUUUUAUAAGACGAGAAGAAGUUCCAGUGUCAGAUGAUGUUCGGGAACACUCUACAAUUACUAAGGUGGAUGGAGAGCCACAAUCAGACAGUGUUUCAUUGACCAAUCAAGUGGAAACUGCAUCCCCAGGCUUCUCAUCUAAUAUAGCUAGACAACUUUAUCCCGGCUUCCCCGGUAGUGGUAUUAGUGAUUUGCCAGAGCCAAUUUAUCCGCAAGAUCCUAAUCAACCUGCCAAACCAGGACAAGGUACACAGACUGGACAAGGCUCCCAAAGUGGACAAGGUGGUCAAUCUGGGCAGGGUGGCCAGUCGGGACAAGGGAGUCAAUGGGGACAAGGUGGUCAAUCUGGACAGGGUGGCCAGUCUGGACAAGGGAGCCAAUGGGGACAAGGUGGCCAAUCUGGACAAGGAAGUCAAUGGGGACAGGGAAAUCAAUCUGGACAGGGUAAUCAGUCAGGACAAGGGAAUCAAUGGGGACAAGGAAACCAGUGGAGUCAAGGAAAUCAAUGGAGCCAAGGGAAUCAAUGGGGACAAAACAAUCAAUGGGGACAGAAUAAUCAAUGGGGACAAAAUAAUCAAUCUGGGCAAAGUGGACAGUUUGGACAAGGCGGACAAUCUGGACAAGGUGGACAGUCUGGACAAGGUGGACAGUCUGGGCAAGGUGGUCAAAUGGGACAGGGUGGAAAACCAAACAUUCCUGCUCCAGGAUGUUUAGCAGCUCGUGGACAAUUCCCAAGUCCUAAUAAUUGUGCUAAUUAUCUGAAUUGUUGGGAUGAAACUGUAAUUGAACAACAAUGCCCCAACGAUUUACUCUUCAACGAUAAAAUUGGUGUCUGUGAUUUCCCACAAAAUGUUAAUUGUGGCAGCCGGCCCGGGGCUACUCCCAAACCAGCUAUGCCGCCUGGCUCUCGAAGAUGCCCUGAUCCUAACGGACGCUACAGAAGCCAGACAAACUGCUCGGAAUUCUACGUGUGUCUCGCUGGCAGCCCAAUCAAGUUUAACUGUCCUCGUGGACUGGUCUACAAUGACGCCGUAGGUGUCUGUGAUUAUCUCUAUAAUGUAGAUUGUCAAGGAGCAGCUACUCCAAGUCCUCUGCCAAUUAUUACCUUGGAAGAAAAUACUGGAUCCGGAGAUAAUUCAAUAAAUAGUGGUAGUGGAGUUAUGGACAGUUCUGGUGGAUCAUCAUCUACAGGAGGUUCUUCAUCCAUGGGUGGUUCUAGCGGAUCUUCAUCAAUGGGUGGUUCCGGUGGAUCAUCAUCCAUAGGCGGUUCUUCUCAAGGUUCAUCAUCUGGACUCUCAACGACUGAACCACCUCGUCAACCGCCACCACAACCAACUUUCCCACCCGGCGCUUACCCUCAGAACCCUUGGGGCUUCAGGUCAAUGCCAUCAGAUCCAUGGAAUCAAAGACCUUCUGCUGCUCAAAUAGAGGUUGAUAACGAACAGAAAGAAGAAGUAACUCAAGACCAAACUAGUAUGGUUGAACAGGAUUCCACUGAAACGAUACUUAAUCCUUGGUCUACUGUACAUGCCAUCCCAGCAGAGUUAACAAAGGUUCCUUGUGAGAAUGGAAAGAUUCACCGGCUAGAUGAUGCAUGUACCAGUGUCGUAGUCUGUAAGAACAAUAGACCGCAACUUGUAAAAUGUGACACUGGACUCAUUUAUGAUAAACCCACUGACUCCUGUCGACAUUUCACUGUCGCUAAAUGCAGUUAAUUUUUAAGAUUAUGCUUAAUUUGCUUCUGGCAAUGUUUUAAUAUCGCUUUCAAUACUUGUAGUGUAAUAAAUAGUUAAUUAAGUAAAUAAAAAUUUUGUAUUAAA